GAAGAAGAAGAAGAGGUUGACAGGCGGGUUACGUCAUGGCCAAGAUGGCGGCUGCCAUGGUGGAGAGUGGAGAAGAUGCAUUUAGAAAAAUAUUCAAGUUCUACAAGAGAAGAAAUCCUCCGCCAGAUUUCAGCGAUGUGAUUGAUUUCUCCAGAGGUCUACCCAGUGACAAGAUAGUCCCAGCCAAACUGGACCCGUCUGCAGUGAGUGAUGUGGAGGGUGCACGGGUUGGGCUUCGACCUGUCAGGGAAUGGAGAGCCUUCGGUCUGCAGGGGUUCCCAGGAUUCAUCUUCAUCUCUAACCCGUUCCUGCUGGGCUCCCAGCCGUCCUGGGUCAGACGGUGUCUGAAGACGUACCCUCAGAAGCCCAACGUCUGCAACCUGGACAUGCACAUGUCUCCGUCUGAAACGCAGGACAUCUGGGGGAAGAGUCUGCGUGGCCUCAGUUCUCCGUCUGGAAAAAGAGAUCCAAAGACUCUUCUGGAAAAGCUGCGCUGGGUCACUCUGGGCUAUCAUUACAACUGGGAUACAAAGACGUACUCUGCCGAUCAUCACACUCCCUUCCCUGAAGAUCUCCACUCACUGUCCGAACAUGUCACAGCUGCUUGUGGGUUCCCAGGGUUCAACGCAGAGGCUGGCAUCCUCAACUACUACAGGUCGGAUUCUUCUCUGGGUAUCCACGUGGAUGAGUCGGAACUGGAUCACAGCCGCCCCCUGCUGUCAUUCUGUUUCGGGCAGUCGUCGAUCUUCCUGCUCGGAGGAACCCGCAGACAGGCCCCUACAGCCAUGUUCAUGCACAGCGGGGACAUGAUGGUGAUGUCUGGAGAGAGCCGGCUGCUUUACCACGCCGUCCCGCGCAUCCUUCCAGCUCCUGAGGGACAAGCGGCUCUAGAGACGGAGUGCUGCAGCCCGGCUUCCUCCAAUCAGGACGGCUCUGUGGUGGAGCCGGUGUCAGAGGAGGACUGGAAGGUGUGCAGCAGGUACAUCCAGAGCUCCAGGGUGAAUGUGACUGUCAGGCAGGUGCUGGGGCCGGGACAGAGCUUCCCGGAAACCCCCUCGUCUCAACAAAGGACUGGAGCAGGGCAGAGCGGGUACCAUGAAGGACAUGAGGAUCAGGACAGUGGGAAGAGGAAGAGGAGGAGUAGCUGUGACUCUGAUGAUGCUGAUGAGACAUGAAAAAAAAAAAAAAAGCAGUCGUUGUUGCUUGAGAGGACGUUAGCUUUGUGAUCGGUCAGAGAGAGAGGUCAGGUGUGUAUCUCAGCUCUCUGUAAAAUCUUACAAUCACUUCAAAAUACAGAUAGUGUGCUUUUAUUUGCAUAAAUUAAAUGAGUUUAUAAACAUUAAUUCUUAAAACUUUAAAAUUUUAAAUAUAUAGUACAUUAUUGUCCCUGUGGGAAAAAAAAGUCCAAUUUUCAGGUCAUUAUAGGCAGAAUGUUUGUAUACUGCCGUUUCAGUCUUCGCCUCAUAAACAUUUAACACAGAUACAUGAACAAAUUAAAGAGUUGGUACAUUUUGCAAUAAACUCAACUGAGUGACAUUUCCGCUGUCAUGAGUUUCAUUUAGUUCUAAUUUUCAAUGUCCAACGGUCAUGCAAACAUUAAAUAAACCUUUUGUCAAAGCUCGCUGUAGAGUUUCACAAACCUGAAA